UUCGGCACUAUAUGACAGUUUUCAGAGUGAGUGGCUGAAAGUGGCUGUUCACUGCAUGCAGAGUAGUGGUAGUUAUUGUAUUAUCUCUCUAUUACAUUACAUUUAAACCAGUACUGUACGUAAGUACAAUUUUGAGGUACUUGUACUUCAGUAUAUCCAUUUCCUGCUGUCUUAUACUCCUACUCAACUACAUUUUAGAGGGAAAGGGCUGCAGUUACUUUUCAGAAGAGGAUUUCACAUACAAUACAUAUGCUCAUUUUAUAAAAUAUGAUUGUUAUAGAUUAGAUUUACCAACAGUAUAGAAAGUCGUUAGCUCCACCUCAAUCACAUACAACAUUUAUGUAUUGCUCACUUACAUGAGUACUUAUACUUUUGACAUAGUUAUUGUUGAAGGAUUUUUAUCUAUCUAAUUAUCCAGUUUAACAAACAAAAGAAAAAUACUCUCUCACCAUCAGAAAUGACAUGUUUGGUUCUUGAUUCUGGAAAGAAGAGUUACUUUUAACAGGCAAAUAAGACUCCCCUAAAGAGAGAAACGAACAAAUCAUGGUAUUUGUAAAUUGGCUUUUGAACUUAGGGACAUUUUUUAAAUACUUUUCUCUUUCCUGUUCAGUGCUUGCUUUGGCAAUUCCUUCCCUUAUUACCGAAAGAAAAAUUUGGUGUCCAAUAGGUUUAAUGACAGCCAAGUUUGUCACUUUGUGCUCAAUAUGCUCUACUCACCAUCAACAGUCACCAUUUCUGUUUCACUAUCACUAGUUCUGGAAAAAAAAAGACAUAGUAAUACUCUUGUCUUAAAGAGUCAUCCCCACCACUGAGAGCAACACAAACACAGCAUGUAUUGAGUUAAAGUUUGUUUCCUUUUCUUACUGGGCAGUAUACUGGCAGCUUAAUAAAAGCUGGAUGGAAAAUUUUCCUGCUCACAUGUACCUCAGGUCCAAGCCUAGCAGACAGCACUUUCUUCUCUCACAGACAGCAACACAGACACAAUGAUGAAAUUAAGGACUUUAAUUUUCACAUCUGUUAUGCUCCCGUGGAUCCUGUCCUCAGCGGCGAAUGAAUACAUGGAAGCAAGAAAACCUGAGGAAGACACGGUAGACUUCCCUGACUACGGCAUCACUCACGACACAGACACUAACUCUGUAGCAGGUCCAAAAGCUGAAGAGUUGCCAACAUGUCUACUGUGUGUUUGCCUGAGUGGAUCCGUUUACUGCGAGGAGGUGUCCCCUGAAAUGUCAGCUGUCCCAGCGCUGCCGAAGGAAACGGCAUAUCUCUAUGCACGUUUCAACAAAAUCACAAAAAUAAGCAAUGGAGACUUUGCAGACAUGGCAACAUUAAAAAGAAUUGACCUAACUGGGAAUCUCAUUGCUGAGAUAGAAGAUGGAGCUUUUUCAAAACUUCCAAAUCUUGAGGAGCUCACCCUUGCGGAAAACAAACUGACUAGGCUUCCCAUACUUCCCGUCAAGCUAGUAUCACUCAAUGCCAACUUCAACAAGCUGACAACCCAGGGUGUAAAGGCGAAUGCUUUUAAAAAACUCACGAAACUGGAGUAUCUUUACCUCGGAAACAACGAGAUGACAGCGGUGCCCAACCUUCCAGAGUCUCUUCACGUUGUGCACCUGCAUAACAACAAGAUCGCAUCGAUAACAGAUGAGACGUUCUGCAAAGGAAACACCAGUUACUACAUACGGAGCAACAUGGAUGAGGUGAGACUGGAUGGGAACCCCGUCAUACUGUCCAAUCAUCCCAACAGCUUCAUCUGUCUGCACACUCUCCCUCUCGGAUGGUACAACUGAAAUAACCAAAGCAUGCUUUUGACAAAUGUAAACCUCUGGGGGAAAUUCUGUGUAAACUGAGAGAGUGUAGGAUGCAGAUACAGAUGGUAAAAUAUUACAAAAUACAGUUCAUAAGUUACAUUUUUAUAUACUCAAUAAAUCAAUUGUACAGUUCAGGACUUUAAACGUUUCAGCAGUGAAUCUCAUGCAGCUUAACUGUUUUUUUUUUAUAAUCAGAUAAAAUUUAUAGAAGAGCAAGAUUUAGCCAAGAGGGAAGAAAGAGCGAGUGGUUUUUGUUUCUUAUCGGUGCUAUCUGCCAGUAUUAAAAACAUCUGUGCAAAAUCAUCCAAGAUAUCUAUAAAUACAGUGAUACUUUUUCGUAAUUUUUUGUUUUGUUACAGUUUGGCUGACAGCUUUUUUUCAUCUUUGUAGAUGCUAUGCAAUGUUUUAGAAUCAAAUCAUUAGUGAGACCUUGGUAUGGCUAUUAUGAACAAAUGAGGCCACUGUUUUCAGCCUUGAUCUCACACUAGUGCUAUUAUUACUGCUAAUGUUUCUUAAGCUGAGGACCAUAUUAACAAUAAAAUGUGCAUGUUGGAAGUUGA